AAAGAGUUUAAUGAAUCAAUGGGAAGGUUAGGUUAAAACAUUUGAAAGUGUUGAACGAUUCCCUGGAGAUUUUUAUGCAUGAAAUGAAGAUAUACAUUGUGUAAAUAGAUCUAUCGUGAUAUGAGUUAACAUAAAUAAGAGAGAGAGAGAGAGAUAAAAAAAGAUACAAAGAAAAACUCGCAACUCGUUAAGAAUAAAAAGAAUAAAUUUACUUGGAAUUCAAUGUUUAUUUAUUUAUCAUUGUGACGCUUGCUUUGACAGUUACACACAAGUAUAGAACGCGACAAAUAAUUUUGUGGUCGUUCAAUUUCUGUUAACAACAUUAUAUCGUAAAAUAUAUGCGAUAUGGAUUUUUUACCAACAACUUCAUCAUUAUUUUGGAAAACGGUGAGAUUGGAAACGUUCAAAGAUUGGCCUUAUCAAUCUUCCGAAGAUGCUUGUAGUCCAGAACGUAUGGCUUCUGCCGGUUUCUUUUCCAAAGCAACAAAGGAAGAACCAGAUUUAGUAGAAUGUUUUAUUUGUUCUAAGCAACUUGAUGGCUGGGAACCUACCGAUGAUCCAUGGAAAGAACAUGAAAAUCAUCAACCCUCGUGUGCAUUUGUAAAACUACAAAAACAAGACGAAUGCCUAUGGACCGUUUAUGAAUUAUUCGAAUUAAUAAAAGCAUAUAAUUUAAAGGAAUGCGAGUGUGAAUUAGAAAAUGCCAAAACUAAAGUAAAAAAUGAGGCAGCUAAACUUGCAGAGGAAAUACCAUUAUUGUUUAAAAGUAUAAGAAAAGGUAAAAGAGGAGGAAGUAAAGUUGACGGUGAUUAAGCAUACGACAUUGUUUUUUUUCCCUUUUAUAUAAAAUUUAGAUUAUAUAUUUUCUUUAUAAUAAAAUUUAUUAAUAUAU